AUGACUAUUACUAAUGAUACAUCAUAUGAUCAAUUUUUAAGUAAAUUGAAUUUACCACCAGAAACUGAAAAACAUAUAUCAAAUUUUAUAUUUGUUAUACCCAUGGUUAUUGUAUUUGGACUUUUUGCAAUAAUUUCAUUAUAUGGAUGCUAUUUAGUAUUAUUAUAUAUGAUUUAUGGACCUGAAAAUUUGAAAAAGAGUUAUAUGAAACAAGAUGAUAUUGAAUCACAAUUACCUAAACAGGAGACUUUGGAGGACAAAGUUAGGAAAUUACAAGCUAAAAGGUCACAAAUUAAAGCUGAUGAAGCUAUAAGAUAUCCAGAACCAGCAUUAAGUGAUGAUAAUACUUUAGUUGUUGAAAAUGGAAGUCAAAGUGAUCAAAGUGAACAUCAAAGUGAUGAUCAAAGUAAUGAUACAAUGGUUGAAUUACCAUCUCAACAAGACCCAACAAUUGAAUAUGGGAUUUUAAAAGUUUGGUGGUGUUUCCAAAGAGAGAAUAGAUGGAUGGUUUUAACUAAAAAUGGAUGGAAAAGGAUAUGGAAAAGGACGAAAAUAAUUGGUAUAUCUACAUGGGACUUGAUUAGAUCUCUUCCCAAACCUUUUUAUGGAUACUUUACCAGAUAA